CCCUUCUCCAAUUCUCAUUUCCCAAAAUGCAGUAAUUCAAACGAAUUUCUUCAUCUACUAUAGUAUCUCUGCCUCUCUCCUUCGCCGCCUCCACUCCGCCAAAAUCGCCGGCCGCCUCUCGGCAAUUCACUAUCCUCUCCUCCCGCCGGUGACCGUGAGUCAACGAGCCAACCCCGUAACUCCGAGCCUACGUCCUACGCUGACCAGUUUGAACCUGAGCUGGGCUUCGCUGGUCAUUCUGUGAGUUGUUCUUUCGGAAGGUAGAGACCGAAGGUAAUGUCUUCUAAGGGGAAUGAAGAACCGCAUCAAAACUCAGCAGAAAACAAUCAAGCUGGAAACCAUGCAACUACCGGGUGGAUGGGAAUGAUGCAACAACAAUACCGCCGUAUAAAAGAGAAUGCAGAAACCUAUCCAUAUGUAUGGGGAUCUUACAUUGUUGUAUAUGGUGGAUUUGGGCUUUGGUUUGCUUACAGAUUUAGAAAGCUCCGAAGAACUGAAGACAGAGUCCGGGUUCUUCAAGAGAGACUCCGCAAACUGGUUGAAACUGAGGAAUCUGCUGGCGCAAACGUUGCUGAAAAAGCACCCCCCACUCUGGAUAAACCCAAAAAUUAAUUUUUCUCCACAUUGAGGUUGAGGUUAACGCUGUGGAAGGAUCUUACUCCUAUAUCUUGAUCGCUUGGACAAUAUUUUGAGUAAAGCUGCGGAAAUUCUACUCCAGAUUUUGCUGUACUAACACGGAGAAGUUGACACUUGAUGUUAGUUUAUGUAAAAAUGAGAUAGCAAUAAUCAUUUUCAGAUUUUCAAUCUGUAAGAUGAUAUUUAGCAAACCGAAACUCCCAAAUCUUGCUCAUUGCAGUGUAUACGGCAUAUAAUUCAGUUCAGCCAUGCAAGUGUGACAUCAAAAGUAACCACAAACCUGUGCAUCCAGGUGAUGUUUUGCGUAUCUGGAAGAAUUCGGAAUUAUCUCACUCCCCUUUUUCUUGAAUCUUUUUUGAAUGAUUGGUAAACACAUGAACCGUUACCGAACUGGAACAAGUUCAAGCUAGAAUUUCAGCAAAGGUAAUCUCCGGCUUCAUUGCUCAAUGUUGGUCUUUUAAAGUUGACAGUGGCAAAAAAAAAAAAAGGACCAUUUUUUAAAUUGUGGAUUAUAGAACUACAUUUUCAUUCAUCAGCAUGAAAUUCAAAUUAGCUUGUGUUCUUUUCCCCACUGAAAAGGGUUAUUUUCUCAUAAGGUACAGGUAUCAAACCAGUGUGGAUGACAAAAUUAAAGGACUGGUUGAAUCAAAAUUAAAUUCUACAGUAAAGGGUGAAAUUCAGGGGCAAAAACAGCAUUAGUUAUUCUCUCCCAUUUAUUUCAUGUUUAUUAAGUGUUUAUGACUAUAAAGAUUUACACUCGGUCUAUCUUUCUUGCAAGGUGCUAUUUGAAAUAUAAUUGAAUUUUCUCCCAUUUUUUCAUGUUUAUUAAGUAAUGUUUUCAUGUUUAUUUUCUGCUUUAUUAUAUGGACAAUUCUUAUUUUAACCUGCACCCCCAUUAUUUUCUGUAUCAGUUUGACCACUAACUUCUGAAAAAUCCAUAGCUGGCUACC